GGUGCCGGAUUGAAUGGGCUUCAGAAUGACUUGAAAGAUCACAAAGCAACAAUUACAUUCAAAGGAAGUAUCAGUGCAUUUGGCACACAGAGUGCCAGUUCGCCAGGAGUGAAGAAUAAUAUCACAAUAUCUCUUCAGGAAUAUCAUAAUAUCAGGAAUAUCAGGAUCAGGGUUUUUCCGGAAAGCAACACCAUCAAGAAUGUCACUGUUUUGCAAUCGAGCAACAGCCAGCAGCAACAACCAUCCACCUCACACGCAUCCAUUUCACCGUAUGCAAUUCAGCCGAUUCUAACGGAGCAUUUACAACAAGUAGGCGAAUUCUCUUCGCAAACUUUCAGUUUAGCAGAGUAG